AGUCGUAGAACCGAUUUAAACAACUCACCAAUUUUAAUAGUUCCAGAUCCAAUCGGCCUCCCAUCUCUCCGCUUGCUCACGCAGCUAACAAUCGCCGCGCCAAGAAACCCCUUUUAGUUGCUGCGGUGCUGACAAUAGAGUGUGCAUGCAAGGUGCAAUCCCUCGCGGCACGGCAACACAGAACAGCUGAGCUAGCUUGCUAAAGCAAUUUUCGAACAAUUGACUAGGCAAGCACAUACAACAGCCACCACAGCUCUCACGCGUUACUGUUACGAAAAUCUCGAAUCCAAUCGGCCGUCAGCUCAUCGACGACGAAUCAUUCCGCGUUAGUUCUCCAUCGCGAACGGGCACGGCUUCUUGCUAGAGUAGAGUGAACCAGCUAAACUAAGAGAACAAUCGUGGUGCCCCUGAGAAAACCAAAAAAAAAAAAAAUACCCACGACGGACCGGCUAUUUUUUUCAGCUUUUCGCAACUGAAGCGACGCGGAGUGAGUGUGUGAGCAGCGAAGAAAUUUUACCACUUUACGCCCAAUUUCGAUCAGUGUUUAUUUGUAACGCAAAUAAAGCGCAAAUCCAAGCGCCCUCGAAGUGUGGUUUGUUUGCUUCGAACGUGCUGUGAAUAACGUUUUGGUGUGUGCGUGUUGAAGAAAUAAAGAAAAAAAAAAUGGGCAGCAUAAAAUUUGACGAAAACAAUGCUCCCUACAUCCACCUUGGCAAGGACGCCUGUAUCCGUCUGGAGGGCGAUGAGUAUACCGAUGCCAAGUCCAAGGAAAAAGCCGCACGUGAGUUGCGCGAGACGCCCGAAGUCGUGGACGAAGCGUUCAGAGUUCUAAGGGCUCGAUUGCAAGAGGAAAAGUCACUCUACGUGCCAAUCGAAAAUGACGCCUUCCUCGUCAAGUUCCUACGACCGUGCAAAUACUAUCCGGACAGCGCCUUUGCCCUGAUUCAACGGUACUAUCGGUUUAGGCAAAAACAUCCCGAAAUCUGCGAUGAUCUGUUUCCGGGGACGGUGAAACACGUGUACGAGGAAGGGCUGGUGUUUUUCCAACCUCUGCGUGAUCAAAACGGUAGUCGGAUACUGGUGCUGGAAGUAGGCAAAAAAUGGAAACCAUCGAAAGUGCCACUGAACGAUCUGUUCCGUGCGAUUCAGGUCGCCCUGGAGGCUGGUAUGACCGAACCGCGUACCCAGCUGAACGGUGCCAUCGUCAUCCUGGACAUGGACGGUCUCUCGCUGUCGCAGAUUGUCCAAUUUUCGCCCCGCUUCGCGGCAAUUGCCGUCGACUGGGUCCAGGAGUGCACGGCAAUGCGUCUGAAGGCGAUCCACAUCGUUAACAAUUCGUACCUGUUCAACAUGCUGUUCACCAUCUUCAAGCCGUUUUUGUCCAAUAAGCUGAAGAAGCGGAUAACGUUCCACAACAGGAAUUGGGCUUCGCUCACGGCCCAGGUCGAUCCGGGCUGCCUACGGCCACGGUAUGGCGGUACACUGGAGACUCCGGAGUGCGAGGGCCGACUCAUUGGUGAACUGCUUACGCACUACCAAAAGGAUUAUGAAAUCGCAAACUCCUAUGGCUAUACAAAAAAGAUGUAAUGCUAAGAACACCAGGUUAUGAUAAAAGAUUGCGAAUAUUUUAAUUCAUGGUUAUUUGUGAUAAAUCAGUAUCAGGCUUAUGGACAUGAUUAAAUUAUAAGAAUUUAAAACAAGGUCAUCUGCUGGUUAUGAAUUGUAAGUAUUCAAUAAACAUAACGUAUACAUAUCUAUAAUAAAUAAAUUUACAAAAGUCAGCACGAAAUUACGACUCAGAG